CGGCAUCGGUCUCUUCACCAGCGGCUUCCUGCUCAUGAGGAUCGAGCUCACCAACCGCAGCUCCUGCUCGGACCCGCUGGCCACCCCGGCCUGGGCUGGGCAGGGGGUCGCGCCCGGCGCCUGCUGGAUGCCCCAGCGCGUCCCCAAGGCCGUGCUGCUCAUCAUAGACGCCCUGACCUUCGAGUUCGCCCGCUUCGAUCCAGCUAAGGCGCAGCCCCGGCCCUACGAGAACAAGCUGGGCUUCCUGCACCAGCUGGCCGGCUCCCAGCCCCGCCACGCCCGGCUCUACCGCUUCCGAGCCGACCCGCCCACCACCACCAUGCAGCGCAUCAAGGGCAUCACCACCGGCUCCCUGCCCACCUUCAUCGACGUGGGCAGCAACUUCGCCUCCUACGCCAUCCAGGAGGACAAUCUGCUCGGCCAGCUGGUGCAGAACGGGAGGAGAGUGGUCUUCAUGGGGGAUGACACCUGGGAUGGGCUCUUUCCCCAGAAGUUCUUCCGCUCAUAUUUCUUCCCGUCAUUUAACGUGAAGGAUCUUCACACGGUGGACGAUGGGAUCCUGCAGCAUCUCUACCCGAUUGUGGAUGGUGGUGAGUGGGACCUGCUGAUCGCUCAUUUCCUGGGUGUGGAUCAUUGUGGGCACAAGCAUGGACCAGACCAUCCAGAAAUGGCCAAGAAACUCACCCAGAUGAACGAGAUGCUCAGGUCGCUGGUGGAUCACCUGGGGAACGACACCCUGCUGCUGGUGGCAGGGGACCAUGGAAUGACGGAGACUGGGGACCACGGAGGAGACAGCGAGAAGGAGGUGAACGCGGCGCUCUUCGUGUACAGUAAAACGCCUCUCUUUGGAGCCCACCUUCCCAAGGAGCCGGAAACCAUCCCGCAGGUGAACCUGGUGCCCACGCUGGCCCUGCUGCUGGGCGUGCCCAUUCCCUACGGUAACAUCGGGGAGGUGAUGGCUGAGCUGUUCUCGGGGGACGGCGCCGCCACUUCGGCAGCACUCAGUCAGCUCUCGGCGUAUCGCAUCAAUGCCAGACAGGUGGACCGUUUCCUGCACUCCUACUCGCUGGCUGCCCAGGACCUGCCGGCCGAGCGGCUCCGGCACCUGCGGGAGCUUUUCUCUGCCGCGAUGGAGGAGCACGACCGGCUGCUGGCCCAAGUGCGGGAGGGGCUGCCCGCAUCGCCCGAGCUGGAGGCCAGGCUGGGGCGACUGGUUGGCCGCUUCCAACGUUACCUGCGCGAGGCCCGGGCCGUGUGCAUGGAAUCCUGGGCCCGCUUCCACCCCCUGCGCAUGGUGGCUGGCUGUGCGCUCAUCGCCGCCUCCUGCCUGCUCUGCUGCGUCGCCUCGGAGCUGGCGGCAGCCCUGGACUUCUCCUACCGAAGCCGCCUCCUGUACCCGCUUCUCUGGGGCCUGGCGGUGGCAGCUGUGCUGGGGUUGGGCCACCUGCUCACCAGGGAGGGGCUGGACCUCAUUCUGGUGUUGUCGUGGUCGGCUGCCGCUUCCCAGCUGGCCUUCUUCUGGCACUCGUGGGGCCGCCGGUCCCGUCGAGCCCAUUUGGCUGGUGUCCAGCCGCCGGUGGUCAGCGCGGGCCUGUGGCAGAGGUUGCGAGCGUGGCAGGGGCUGGUCCUCCCCAUGGGCAUCCUCUUCAUCCGGUGCUGCGCCAUGUUCUCGGACAGCUUCGUGGUGGCCGAGGCCCAGGUGGCCCCGUUCCUGCUCGCGUCCCUGGCCAUCCUGCUGGUGGGGAAGCUGCACUGGCACGGCCGGCUGACCGCUCCAGAAGUCCCCAAGCAACCCCCAGGCUCUGCCUUUUACCAGAAGGAGAGCUGGCAGCUUCUGUGCCUCCUGGCUGCGCUCCUGGCCUGCCUGCGCCUCUCAGGCCUUUUCCACCAGUGCCGCGAGGAGAUCCCACACUGCCAGCCCUCGUCCUUCCUGGCCCCCCUCGCCAGCCUGCAGAGCACUCAGGCCAAGAACCUCUUCUACCUCCUGUGCGUGGCCUCGCUGGCCGGGCUGGUCUACGCCGUGCGGCGCUGGCUGCGGCACUACGGGAACCUGAACAGCACCAGCCCCCUGGUGCUCUUCGUGCGCUGGGCCUUCCCGCUGGCGGCCGUCUGGAUCGCUUGCUACUGGGCCGUCACCUCGGGGGCGGAGGACACGCUGGGCAAGCUGCAGGAGCUGGUGCAGGUGGCGCUGGUGGGCUUCCCACGGGCCGUCUACGGCCUGGCGUCCCUGGGGCUCCUGCUGGCGCUGUGGACGCCCGUGACGGUGUUCGUGAAGGACAGCCGGGAGUCCGUGGGGCCCAUUGUGACCCCUUAUCAGGGGGCCCCCAGCUCCCAAGCCGACCUCCAGCACGUCAUCCCACAGAUCUACAGGAGGAUGCAGGAGUCUCUGAAGAGCCAGCUAGACAGGGGUCACCAGAGGGCCACGGUGGCAGCCUACGGGCUGGGGAGCGUGUACUCAGCCACCCUGGUCAUAGUUCUCACCCUGCUGGGCUUCCUUCUCCUGAUGCUGCACAGCGAGAGGAUGAGCCUUGCCUUCCUGCUCCUCUUCCUGGAGGCCUUUGUGCUGCUGCGGAUCCACGCCUGUGUCGUGAGCCUCGCCGGGGACGCCGAGCCCUUCGUGGUCCCCUGGUAUGCGGUCACCGCCUGGGUUUUUGCUGCCACCCAGUUCUUCUAUUCCACGGGCCACCAGCCCAUCUUCCCAGCCAUCCACUGGAACGCAGCCUUCGUGGGCUUCCAGGAGGGCCACAGCACCCACCUGCUGCCCGCUGUCCUGGUGGGGGCCAACACGUUCGCCUCCCACAUCCUCUUUGCAGGUAGUCGGCUGCCCUCUGCUCCUGCUCUGGCCCUUCGUCUGCGAGGCGCCCAACUCCCAGAGGAGGAGGCUGAAGAAGGAGCUGCGGGAGGAGCUUCAGGAGGAGGAGGAGCCCGUGAUGGAGAUGAGGCUGCGGGAGUCUCCGGAGAGGUUCUCAGCGGCUCUUCUGCAGUUGGGACUCAAGUACCUCUUCGUGCUUGGCGUGCAGCUCCUGGCCUGCGUCUGGGCAGCCAUGAUCCUCAGGAGGCAUCUCAUGGUCUGGAAGGUGUUUGCCCCAAAGUUCCUCUUUGAGGCUCUGGGCUUCAUGGUGAGCAGCAUCUGCCUCCUGCUGGGGAUUUUCCUGGUGAUGCGUGUGGACUGCGCGGUCAGCGCCUGGUUUGAGCAGCUCCAGACCAGGUAACAUCUGAGCAGCCGAGAUGCAGGGAACCCGACGCGGAGCAUCGUCCCCUGACGUGACGGCUGGGGCCCUGCUUCACAAGGCCUGGCGGGACCUGGGAGCUGCCACCAUGGACAGUAGCUGGGGAUUAUUCCCGUCUCCCUGCUGGGCGUGACAGAGCGGGGCUGGCUGGUCUCUGGCCUCACUCACUGUAUCAUUGAACUCUGAGCUCAACUUCAUUGCCUCCCGCCAGGUGGGUUUGGAGCCCAGGCCAGGCACGUUCGGCCGCAGCGAAGGGUCUGUUGGGGGAGGGGACGAAAGCACAAAGCCUCAAGUGCCCUCCUGUAGUUGGAUCUUCCUGGCAUUUCCCUGACAUCUCUCCUCAUUGGGCAGAACGCACCGCUGGCCACUGCGGGGCUGUGUGCUGCCUUGGUGUUUACUACCUCGCCUGGGGCAGAGACGGGGCCUCGUCGACUGAGGAGCCCCUGGGGGGUGUGGGCACCAGAGGAGUGACCUCCCUGUUCUCUGCCCGUGCAGCAGCCUCCUCCCGGUCCCUGGCUCCCAAAGAGGGGAGUCUGGGCAGCGCACGUCCCUGGGCUCGGGCAGCAGCAGCUUCUCCGAGGCUGCUCCACCCGCGCUGAAGGAGGAAUUGUCUGCUGCUGUGUGAUGGGGACGCCCCCUGCCUCACUGAUUCUGGUCUUCCUCAGGGUUGCGCAUGUGAGUGCCGCACCCUGCUGAAGUGUGUGUGUGUGUGAGUGAGUGAGAGAGAGAGAGAGAAGCCUGCAGAGCAUGGCGCUUUCAGAUGGUACCUGGGGCUGGGUUAGCAACAGUCUGUACAAAGUCUGUUGGAAACUGCUGGGGAGGGAGACAGCAAGGAGGAAGGGAGCUGUACCCAGGAAUGAAAUCCUCUCUGAGCCAGGGCUUCAGCCUUCUCUGGUAUCCAAUCAGAGGCCUCAGCUGUAGCAGCCAGAGCCCCCCCCCCGUCUCCUGUUCUGUGCAUGCCCUGGAAUCUGCUGUGGAGCUGUGACUGCUCCCAACCCCACGCUUGUGAUGACGAGUGACCCAAGCAGUGUGGCUGGUUAGUGAGCACAGCGAAUGGCAGCCAGGCAGUGACAGGGGCUAGGAUCAAGGCUCCUUGUUAAAGGAGGAAGGGAGAGCCAAGAACUGCAGGCCGAGCCACUGGCGUGGGCUCAUUGGUAGCUGGAGACCAGGGCUCGAAAGCUUUUGGGAGCAGAUAACGCCCCGGCAGGAUUGAUAGCUUAGCGCCUUCAGAAACGCCGGGGCACCACCUGGAGUCGAGGUUGGGCCACAUCUCACAAGCUCGGCAGGGUGGGGCCUGGCCGUGUGGCUGGAAGAUCUGUAAGAAAACCCUAAGUGCUGCAGGUGGUGGUGGUGGUGAUUCAGAGCACAGUGCUUUUUGCAGUACGGACCUGGGGGCUCCAGCCUGGGGUGUUGUGCUGCUCUGGGUGACCUCUCAAAGGAGCUGUCCCAACCUCACUCCUACUAUUUAUGAUCAUGAGAUUGUAUCCCUUCUUCGCAGGCGUUAACCGUGGGGCCUGGCUAAAUUCCAGUGACGGUCCCAUUCUGCCUCCCUAAAGUCCCUCUGCAGUUAGGGUCUUCUUCCCUUCCUGCCCUAAGCCAUUGUGGUAUUACUUGGUGCUAUUAAACCCUGCUGUCUCCCCCGGGGUGGGUGAAGCGAUCUGUGCUGGGUACGGCAGCUCUCGAGGGCAAAAGGAGCUAAGAGCUGUUUGCGAGGGUCAUUGACUUGAUUGCUUUUUGAGCCCCGUCUCUUUCUGGCUUUGAACCAGAGCUGUACGUGUCUGACUUCACUUCACUGUGCUAUGGCUGGGGUAGUUCUGGGCCCUGCCUCUGGGUCCUUUUGUGGCCCCCAAAGUUAUCCUGCCUGGCUGAACUGCUACUGUUAGCCCCAAAGCGCCCAGCUGGUCUGACGGGGGCGUGUCUUGUGGGUGGGUUUGGCUAGUCGCUGUAAUUCUGUGGGCCCCGUGUUUGCCCUCCCUGGGAUAGUAGCUGAGCGGGUUGGUUAGACGGGGUCACCUGCUAUAGAAUGGUUCUCUGCUGUAGCUGCUAGUGCAGACCCUGUUGAGUCCUGCUGGCCAGUUCGCAGGGAUUGCCCAUGGGCACGGGACCGGCAUGGGUGCAGGUGGCAUUCGAACUCUAGGCAACUCGCAUUGCUGAAGCCAGGGAGUGACCCCCACCGUAUCACCUGUGUUUACCCGAUGCCCAGCCGUGCAGCCUAGUCUGUAGGUGCUAGUCUGAACGGCCUUGCAGGACAACUCUCUGUGGUCUUCAAAGCUGUAUUACUGUCCCACAACAUCCCUGUCGCGACCCAGGAGUCUGGGCUUUGCUUUCCCCUUCUCCCGAAUGUCAGCCGAGCUCCCUUUCUUCAGGAGCUUUCACUGCCCUGCUCAGCACUUCGGGGCGUGUCACUGGAGAUCUCCGUGCGCUUCGCAGCCUUCCCCCUCCGCCCCGUCAGCUCUGGAUUAGCCCCGGUUUAUAGAUGAGGCCCCUGAGGCGCUUGUGGCUGUGGUGUGCCCGUGGUCACGCAAGCAGGAACACAGCCCAGGAGUCCUGGCUCCAUGAAAAGCACAAAACUCUGCCCCCCCACCCUUUAACUCAUGCUGUAUCCCCUGCCAGCUCAGGGUGGGGCUGAAACUGAUUUUGAAUUUUUUAUCUUUAAAAUGUUUAAGUCCCAUUGUUCUUGUAGCUACAGGGUGGGCUAGUGAAUUUGGGCACAGGCCUGGGCACUGGGACUCCUGAUUUCUGAUCCCAGAUCUGCCACAGACCGUGAGACCUUGGGCCAAUCACUGCCUCAGUCUCCCAGUCAAUGAAAUAGAAAUAAUCUAAUUCCCUCGAGACCCUGCACUGGGCUGUCAGGGUGCACGUCUUCACCGGAGUGAGGCUCAUGGAAUAGUUACAUCGCGGGAGUGCCAAGGAGCCCCGGGUAGGAUUCGGGACUUGUCCUGGUCGCUGUACCGAGGGAGACUAGGCUGCUGACCCGAGGAACUGAGUCCAAGCAGACAGAUGACCCAGCGGGGGCUAUCGACACGCUUGCCAUUUUGUACGUGUCUAGGUCUGUAGUAGUUUUUUCCAGCUGCCCCUGAAACUAGCCGCUUAGCUGCCAUUCCGGAUAAUGUACCAGAGACGCCAGAGAGCCCCGGGGUUACGCUGCGGGGCAAUGAGUUAAGAGUUGUCCAGUGCUUGGAGACCUUGGAAGCGUGCCGUGCUGGUUGUUCUAGUGGAUGGAAACGGGCGGUGCUUGUUAAUUGAACACUCUGAACUUCAGCACUGAGGCUGCUGGGCCCAGCCAGGGCGUGCGGGUUCUAGGGGAGUUAGGGGUGUGUUCGGUCUCUGAAUUCAAGGGGUGCUAUUGAGGAAGAAAAUCCUGCCAUCUGUUUCCUCUCUCAGCCUGUCAGCACAGCAUCUAGGCACUGUUACAAUGUCAGUAUCCCAGUGAGCCCUGGCCAGAGCCCUCCCUCCCUUCCAUCCCAGUGGGGGUGCACUCCAUUCAGAGGGGAGAUUUGCAUUGUUCCUGAAGCAGGGCCAGGCUCGAGCCCCCCUUGAUGCCCCUCAACGGGGAUUUCAGUAGGUUGGGACAUGGGGCAGGAGGGUCAUCCAUCAUCUGCUCCUUAAACUUGUCCCUCCGCACUGUCUACUGGGGCACUGUGCAGAGACACUAUCCAUGGGAUGCAGGCCUAGCCUCUCAUGGGCCCUGUAGAUCAGGGCCACUACCUACAAAUAGAUCUGGCGAUGCCUGUCUGUCUGUGCCGGUGUAAAACUCCAUUCCGGCCGUGCACACCCCACCCAAGGGUUGGACAAGUGCAGUGUGUGCAGAGCUUUGGCAUGGGAGAGCCAUAGACACAUGUGUGUGAUUGGGUCUAAUUUCUAAAGCCUGGGUGGGAAGAGUGGGAGCUGGUCACAGACUGUGUUCUCAAGGCCUUGGUCCUGUCUGGUUUAUUCCACAGCUUCACGUAUGUCAGCACCAGUCUACAAUUAAGCCUGUUUCCUUUUGCUCCCAUUCGUCCUAUUUCGGUUUAUCCUCCCUUGCAAUGUUUUAAACCAUUUGCCUCCCUUAGGGGUGCCAACACCCUCUCAGUAGGUCGCUGGGCAUUGCAUCCCCAUUGCCCCCUGGGGAGGUUGUGUGGUCCAGCAGACAGCACACAGGGCUGGGAUUCAGGAGACCUGGCUCUGCCAUUGACUGGCCAUGUGGCUUUGGGCAAGUUGCUUCACCUUGCUGUGCCUCAGGGAAAUCGCGGAAACAGCCAUUUAUGUAAAGCACCUUGAGCACGCAGGAGCAAAGUGCUCUAAAGAUGCUGGGCACUACCGGGCAUCUCUGUGGAGCUGAUUGUCGCUUUUCUUUCCGCUGGAUCAACUCAGCCGACAAGGGGGAAGUGGCUCUGGAGUCUCUGCCAGUGGGUAGAAAUUUAUAACAGAGACAGGAGGGGGCAACUUGGCAGCAGUCGCUCAUCUAAAAGCAUCACCUCUGGACCACUCCAGUCAUGGGACAGAGCUGGCGAGUGCUCCAAACAGAGGAGUGGGAAGACUGUGUUCUCUUUUCAUGUCUGCAACUGACCUGGUGUGAUCUUGGGCAAAUUGUUUCACUUCUUGUGUCGGUUUGCCUAAAAUUGGGAUAAUACUGUCCUACCUUAGCAGGGGUAUUGCGAGGCUGAGUGGUCUGUAAAAUGCAGUGAGAUCCUCAUUGAAGGAGCUAGAAACUAAUUAACGGUUUUGUUUAAUUAUAUAAUCACUAGGUGGUGGGGAAGAUUUGCUUUGUGAGUUUGGAUGUUGCUUCUCCUAACUAAAUCCAACUAGGGUAACUCGUGAGUGGUCUCUGAGCCCAGCUCCAGUCCCAUAUCUAGGCUAUUGUCUGUUAACCUUCUUUUAGGGAAAAUGGAAGGUGAAAGAUUGAACUUGAGAAUGUUGGCAGGUGGCCCCUGCCGUUGGUCUGGUUCUGUGCUGCGGCAAAACUGAUCCUUGCAAAUAAAGUGUGAGAUCCAAAAUG